AUGAUUAGGUGAGCCGAGGAGGCGUGGGUCUGGAGAGAGGGACAGAGAGAGAAGCCCAGAGAAGGAGAGGACGUUGAGAGGAGCUGACGGAGCAUUAAUGAGAUACUGGCCAGUUAGACUUACAGGGAUGCAGUUUUAGUCACAUUGAGCCACUGUUUUCAGGCUUCAUCUGAGGACUAAAAACGCCAAAAAGAACUGGAAACUUUCGUCUUCCGAAACAAACUUUAGUGGAUUAAUUUAUUCAUAAAAAAAAAAAUGGGCUUGGAACGAUUUCGCGCAAAGACGCUGGGGACUGUUGCCUUUCUCAGCCGCUCAUUCCUUUGUAUUGUCGGGCUAUUAUUCACGGCUUCCCUGCCUGUCUGCGAGGCGUUCAACUUGGACGUGGAGAACCCAGCUGUUUACAGUGGACCUAACGGGAGCUACUUCGGAUACGCUGUUGACUUUUAUUUGUCUGAUUCUGCCAGUGCGAGUGUGGUGAUAGGAGCCCCAAAGGCCAACACAAGACAGGUCAACGUUAAAGAGGGAGGGUCUGUGUUCUACUGUCCAUGGAGCCUCAGCCAAUCAGACUGUCACAGCAUCGAAUUUGAUACUGAAGGAGAUCGCUUCGUCUUGCUCAAUAACACACAACACAAGGCUGACUUCAAGUCCCACCAGUGGUUUGGAGCCACUGUGCGUUCUCACGGUGACACGAUUCUGGCUUGUGCCCCUCUUUACUCCUGGCGGACUGAAAAAGAUACUCCACAUUCUGAUGCCACAGGAACCUGCUACCUCUCAGCCCACAACUUCACCAAAUUUGUGGAGUAUGCUCCCUGUCGUACAGAAUUCAGUGAUCCUGGGGGACAAGGUUACUGUCAGGGAGGAUUCAGUGCAGACUUCACAAAGGAUGGCAAAGUGGUAUUGGGAGGCCCAGGCAGCUACUACUGGCAAGGUCAAGUGAUCUCUGCAGCCAAGGAAGACAUUAUCAGAGCUUACUAUCCAGGCUACUUCAUGCAGGCAGUGAAGGGACAGAUCCAGACCAAACAGGUUCCGGUUAAACACGACGACAGCUACCAAGGUUACUCUGUGGCUGUUGGGGAAUUCAGUGGUGAUCAGGUUGAAGAUUUUGUGGCUGGCGUUCCUAAAGUACUCAUGCUUUAUGGUUCAGUGUCCAUUCUGAACGGUUCAGAUCUGACGCCCAUGAUUAAUUACACUGGUGAGCAGAUGGGAGCAUAUUACGGCUAUGCAGUGGCAACGACUGAUAUCAACAGUGAUGGGAUGGUUGACCUGCUGGUGGGAGCUCCCAUGCUCAUGGUCAGAGGCUUCGAUGGCCGCCUCGAAGAGAUGGGUCGCGUCUAUGUCUAUUUACAGCGUGGCCCCCUGAACCUGGAACUGAGUCAACCUCACGUCACAGGCACCCAGGUGUUUGGGAGAUUUGGCAGCACCAUUGCACCGUUGGGAGAUCUGAACCAGGAUGGUUUCAACGAUGUGGCUAUCAGCUGCCCGUUUGGAGGGGAGGAUCGGCAGGGAUUGGUUUAUAUCUAUAAUGGAUACUCGGAAGGACUCAGGGAAAAGCCGUCUCAGGUGAUCACAGGACAGUGGGCUGCUGGAGCUAUUCCUGCCAGCUUCGGAUAUGCCCUCAGAGGUGCUAAGGACUUAGACAUGAACGGAUAUCCUGAUCUCAUCGUUGGAGCCUUCGGCGUUAACAAGGCAGUUCUUUAUAGGUCCCGUCCUAUAGUCAGCACCAGUGCCUCUCUGACAGUUUACCCCACCAUGAUCAACCCUGAAGAGAAGAACUGCAUUAUCACUGAUGGAAACACCACCACUCCUGUUUCCUGUGUCAACCUGAGUUUCUGCAUAUCUGCAGAUGGGAAGCACCUACCAAGAAAUCUAGAUUUCCAGGUGGAGGUGCAGCUCGACAGUCACAAGCACAAGCAGAAAGGGGCAGUGAAGAGGGCUCUGUUCUUGGACACCCAGCAGCCGCUGCUCAAGAGGAGCGUGAGGGUGCGCCACGGGGAGCGCAUCUGCAACCACACAAAGAUCUACCUGAGAGAUGAGAAGGACUUCAGGGAUAAACUCUCUGCUAUUUUUGUGGCCUUGAACUUCACCUUGGAUCCCAAAGCUCCAGCUGACUCCCACGGCCUGCGGCCCAUCCUCAACUAUCAGGCUACCAAUGUCAUUGAGCAAAAGGCUCAGAUUCUGUUGGACUGCGGAGAGGACAACAUCUGCGUUCCUGACUUGAAGCUGGCAGUCCAUGGCGACAGGAAGGAAGUCUACCUAGGUGAUGACAACUCCCUGACCCUGACUUUCAAUGCCAAGAAUGAGGGUGAGGGGGGGGCCUACGAGGCAGAGCUGUAUGUGGUGCUGCCCCCUGAAGCAGACUACAGCGGCAUUGCCCGCAAUAACGAGAGCCUAACCCAGCUGACCUGCAGCUAUGAAACGGAGAACCAGACCCGAUACCUCAGCUGUGACUUGGGCAACCCAAUGAAGUCUGGUACCAACCUUUGGGCAGGUCUACGCUUCAAAGUGCCACGGCUUAAGGACACGCACAAAACCGUUCAGUUCGAGCUGCAGAUUCGCAGUAAAAAUGAGAAUAACUCCAACAGUGAGGUUGUGCCCUACAAGCUGGAGGUGGUUGUUCAGGCUGAUGUCAUCCUACAGGGUGUGUCUCGACCAGAUAAGGUCUUGUUUCCGCCGGUCAACUGGAAGGUGCCCAGCAAGUAUGGGGUGGAGCAGGACGUUGGGCCUGCAUUGGAACACAUCUAUGAGCUGGUGAACAAUGGCCCCAGUCGAAUCAGCCACACACUCCUUGAGCUGCGCUGCCCCUUCAAACACCAGGGUCAUACUUUCCUUUACCCUCUGGAGUUCUCCACCGAAGGCCCCAUCAACUGUACCUCGGACAGAAACAUGAAUCACCGGAAUCUCAAACUCCAGAGCUCAUCCACAGAAUCUCCGGUUCUGGCACUGAAGGCUCAUGAGCACCGGCUGGAGAGGAGGGACGUCCACAAGAACCCACUUGCUGAUUUGACUAACCUGUCCUGCUCUAAUGUGGAGUGCUGGACGCUCCAGUGCACCGUGGGUCUUCUGGAUAAGGGAACUACUGCCAUCCUCAAAAUGCGCUCCCGCGUCUGGGCCGAGACCUUCACUGAGAGAGCUUACAAGCAAUAUGUGCUGGAGUGUCUGGCCAGAUACCGUGUGAACAAGAUGCCAUAUGCAAUCCCACCCAAACUUUAUCCCAGUGGACAUAAAAAGGUGGUGACCCCAGUGGUUUGGAACAAGCCCGAUAUCGAGAACUCAGUUCCGCUCUGGAUCAUCAUCUUGGCUAUUCUGGCAGGUUUACUGCUUCUGGCUCUUCUCAUCUACGUCCUAUACAGGUUUGGCUUCUUCAAGCGCUCCCUGCCUUACGGCACCGCCAUGGAGAAAGCGCAGCUCAAACCACAGGCCGCCUCCGAGGCCUAAACCACACCCAGAGCUACAAGAACCACAGUACCUGGCCGUAUGAUUGCAAUGGAGAAACAAAUGGAACAUGUAGAGUGGAUCAGUUAACAGUUGAAGAGUUACACAAAAAAGAGACUACUGGAACUCCACUGUGCUGCACUAGAAGAAGACAAAAAUCCAAAGAGCUCAAAGCCAAAUGAAUGUUUGUUUUUUCUUUCAUUUUUAAUUUAUGUCUUGUUUGUCGGCAGGUUGGGAUUGUUGUGAAAUAGAACUUUUCUGAAUGCCUUAAGGCUAAUAUUCGACUCUACAACCAAAAAAAAAAAAAGGGUGAAGGCAAAAGAAGCGCGAGCCAAAUACGUGUUUCGUUUACUUUUUUUGUGUGUUCUUUUGAAGGAGAGUUGGCUAACACCCCGCUAACUGCUUUAUAUUGGUGCUAAUGAUCUGCGUUUGCUGCCUCUGACAGGAUCUGGCCACAUAUUGCCUGUGGCAUCCAGGAGCUGUGAAGUACGCUGCCUGCUGAGGCCUGAGAGUAUUCUUCUGAUUUGCCUUGAUCACUUGUUUUCAGGUGAAACCCUGGCUUUAACCUUGCUUUAGCAAAGGCGACAAUACAUGCAUAGAUAUUCAGAUAUUUAAUAGCCAUAUCUGUAGUAGCUCAGCUUCCAUCAUUAUUAUUAUUAUUAUUAUUUUUAAGCCUCGACCUGUCCGAGGUGUUUCCCUGUUUGCCAAGUGCAUGCUGGGAUAGUUUCCACCACCCCGCAACCCCGAACAGGACAAGCGGGUACUGAAAAUGCAUAGAUGGAUGUUUCUCAACUGUUCUUGAAAAUGAUCUCUCUCUGCCUCAGGUUGGUGGAUUGUGCUUGGUUAAGUUCUUUUUGCACUCAAAGGAAAUCUACUGAUAUUAUUCCAAAGACACCGGAGACUGACUGACCUUCCUUUGAGUUUGAUAUUUGACUCCUACUGAUCACUUUGUUUGAAUCCUAUAUGUUUGUGUUCAAAGUUACCAAUGCUGGCAUCGUCGUUGUAGUUUAGUGGACUGGGAUGGGACUGGAACCACCACAGACCUGUGAAACCUCAUGCAAGGCUUGAAGCAGCGUGGUGCUUCUGUCAACAAGUAGUGUUCACCUCAAGGAUAUUUUGCCGUCUUUACUCCUGCUCGGUUUGGGUUGAGCUCAGACCACGAGCGAGCAAGUGACGCUUGGGGGAAGUGGCCCUGAAGUUAGUGGCCAUGAUAAAAUGACGUGUUUAGCUAAAUACAUGACAAUCAGCGAUGUUGUAGCCUUGACAGAAGUCUGAAGACCGAAAGAUCCUUUUUUUUUCAGCUUACAGUGUGUGUCACUGUGAAAUACUGUAUGUUUGAUUGUCUUUUUGAGAAAAAAAUGCCCAUGUUUAGAAUAAGAAGAGGCUGAAGUCAUCCCACAACCAAACGGCUACAGGGACUAAACAUUAAAAUGCCUUGUGUUGGUUACUUUUGUCAUGUACAUAAGUUUUUUUUUUUUAAUUUCAUGUGCCUUAAAUGUAAAUACGUGUUGUCUGUUGAUUAGAAAUAGGGUUGUGUGCGCGCGCAUGCAUACACAUGUGACUCCAUGUGUACAUGCACUUGUGUGAAUGGUAUAUUUAUGAAUGUUUGUUUCAUGUAUGGUUAUUACUCUUCCCACUGCCUAGUCUCGUUUAUCACAUUUGUAGCUUGAGAUGUUUGAGGUUGAGCAAUUCUGCGUUACAAUUAAACACGAUAGCAUAAAUACCUCCAACAAAGGGAUAGCAACUAGGCACUGGGAAGUAAAUUUUGUUUGGAAGUGCAAUAUUUAUAUUAACUCUCUUUAAUAUCACCGUGCUUUCUUUGGUUUUAUUUGUGAUGGUGUUGUGAUAAACCAAAACUUUGUGUUCAUGUGAUUUUUUUUUUCACCUGCUUUCUCACGAGCAUACUUCAAGUGUUUUUAAAGGAAUUUUCCCACUUCACUGCAGGAACUAUCUUCCUUAUCUUAGUGGUAUUUGUAGCACAGACUGACACAGGAACACAACCACCGUAGCAACCAGCAUAACUGAGUUGAACUCGGCUAUGCUGACAUAGUUUAUGUGCACUGCUGUUGCACCUGUCUAAACAGCACCAUUUUACCAACCAUCUGUUACCCAUUUUUUUCUGCAUUACACACUUUUUGUACUCCUCCUCUCACUGGGGAUGGAUUUACAAUAUGUCAGACGGUCCACAAAAUCCCAAUUUCGUAAUUGACUGAAAUCUUUUAUCACACUGUCUGAAAAUUCUUACCUGAACAUGGCAGCCCAUUAUUUAUAAUGACGGGGGAUAAUUUUUACUACUUCCUCCAUGGUUACAUCAGGAGAAGGCACUGGUUUUUCCUACUUUUUUUUUUUUGUUUUUAAUUUUUUUAAACAUGUCUCAGCCCGUUUUCAUUCUCUGGGACUUUCAAAAUGAUGUUGUACAUAUUUAUGAUAAGGAAAGUGAUUUGAAUUCAAGUGAUAACUGUUUCUCACCCCAUAUUGGGGAAACCUUUUGUGUCCGAUGGAAGCGGGGUGCUCUGUAGAAAGUCAAUUUUUGCCUGAUAUGGUUUGUACUUUAAAUAAAACUUUCCCUUUUUACAAA